ACCAGUAUUAUUUGUCCAGACACAGAUACGGAAUAUAUGCUGAUUUGAGGAUAAUUGGUAAGAGCGACGGGACGAUGAGGGAAAAGUAACAAAGGGGGUGUCUGUUACUGGUGUGAAAAUCAAAAUAUAGGGGAACGAUGUGUAGGUGGGCUGUUACAAUCGUCAGAUUUUUGUCUUUAAAUAUACGCGUGCCUCGUGAAGUCUCCUUGAUCGACUAAAGAAAGAUAAACAAUAAGACGAACUUCACUCAGCGCUGCUACCCCCCUCGUGCCUAACAUUACUAGCCGUUUCUCGAGAGAAGAUAUAUAAAUGUGCAUUGAAACAAGAACACGCGCAAACAACAAUAUAAUCUCUUGAUAACACUUAUUUUUUUCCAUUCGUUACUUUAUUGGCUAUCAGCAUUAUUACUACUAUGCAACAGCAACCCAUUACAUUCCUUAUCUUUUCUGUCAUUUUCUUGUUUGCCAGUCUCGUUCGAUCCGUGCCUCUUGCUGCUGAACGACGUUCCGGUAACGACAACGGCGGUGGUACCGUAUUAUCCUCGUCUGGAAGUUACCUGACCGACGAAUCCUGCCAAGCAGAUCUGUCCUGUAUACUUCACUGUCUUUUAAACGAGCGGUUCUUAUUGGGCGAAUGUAACAAGGAAACUCAUACAUGCGAAUGUACUAGUCCGUUGUUUCACGAUGACAUCCAAAAGGAGCCCAAGGUGAUUGUUGUUCCUGCUGGCCAAGAUGGUAGCAGCACCACUAGCAGUAACGGCGACGCAGCUCCGUUGUCAUCGUCUUCGGACGGUGCCCAGCAAUAUUAACGACGAACGGAAACAAAGCAGCUACUGCAGCAGCAGUUAAUAAUAGUAACUAGUACUUGGCCAUAGAAUUCAUCUCCCUUCUUGUACGAGUGUUCGAUACAUAUGUCAUUUUUAAUGGGAC